CUUAAUAUGCCACACCUAAAUUGCUUGAAAAAUCAUCUCAAUUGGUCAAAAAGGAAACCAAGAAGAAACAAUGCAACAUCCGGUUGACAAUUCCAAAAGGAUAUUUCAAAGCUUUAUUCAUAGAAUCAUAUUGUAUAAGGAGGCCGAACACGAACAUUUAACGAACGCAAAGAACUCAACAAGAAAUGGAAGAAGUGAAGCUGUUUGGAGCUUGGCCUAGUCCAUAUAGUUCCAGAGUGAUAUGGGCUCUAGAGCUCAAGGGUGUGAAGUAUGAAUACAUAGAAGAGGAUUUGGCUAACAAGAGUGAUUUGCUUUUGCAUUACAACCCAGUUCACAAAAAGAUCCCAGUACUCGUUCACAACGGGAAGCCAAUCGCUGAGUCCAGUGUGAUCCUCGAGUACAUUGAAGAAACUUGGCCCCAGAAUCCCCUCCUUUCUGAUGACCCUCAUGAGAGAGCGUUGGCGCGGUUCUGGACGAAGUUUAUAGACGAAAAGAGCGUACCAUUUGCUAAAUUCUUUAUGGCUGAUGGGGAAGAACAUGAGAAGGCUGCAAAAGAAGUCAGAGAUCUACUCAAGAUCUUGGAAGAGCAAGCUCUGGGAGAGAAGGAGUUUUUCGGUGGCAAUGAAAUUGGGUUGGCUGACUUGGCCUUGGGAUUUAUAGCCUCCUCUUUUGGAGUGAUUGAACAAGUGGUUGGUGUCAAAGUGCUGCAAGCCAGUGAGUUCCCUUGCUUAUGUAAUUGGAUUAACAACUUUAGGGAAAACCCAGCAAUCAAAAAGAGCCUCCAGCAUGUAGAUCAAAUGUUUGUGUAUUACAAGCAGAAGAGGGAGAUGAUUCUUGCUUCAAGGCCUUGAAUUGCUUUCUUGUUGCAUCUUUUUAGCCAUAUAUGUAAGUGGAUUAAGAAAAAGAAAUCAUAAUAAUUGUUGUUAUUCUAAAUAAGUUGUGAAUUGCAUAACUCUUGACA